AUGGCACACACAAUUCGCUGGGGUAUCAUGGGUAUCCACUGGCUGGAUCGCAACGACAUUCGUCCGCGACCUCCUCAAAGACCCCAAAGCCCGCAACGCCCCGGACAUAUCCCACCAAAUCACCGCCGUCGCCUCCUCCUCCUCGCAAGAAAAAGCAACCCAAUUCAUCUCAACCCUCAACAUCCCACCCCCUGCACCGCCUAUGCCACCUACACCGACCUCGUCGCAGACCCCAACGUCGACGUCAUCUACGUCGCAACCCCGCACUCGCAUCAUUUCCAGAAUGUCAUGCUUGCCCUGCACGCGGGGAAACAUGUGCUCUGCGAAAAGGCGUUUACGGUUAAUGCGGCGCAGGCGAAGAUUCUUGUUGAGACUGCGAGGGAGAAGGGUCUUUUCUUGAUGGAGGCGGUUUGGACGCGGUUUUUCCCGUUGAGUGUCCAGGUUAGGGAUAUUAUUCAGAGUGGGGAGAUUGGGGGAGGUGUUGAGGACGGUGGCGGAUACGAGCUUUGGUGA